UAUAAACCUCAGCUUUCUUCUUUCGCCUUCGUGCCCAAAAUUACGCCCUAUAAACAGUAGAGAAAGGAAGGCAAGAAAGAGUAGUUUCGUUUUAGUUUUCAUUUUCAUGGCAAAGUUGCAAACACCCCAUAUAGCCAUUCUGCCGAGUCCUGGAAUGGGUCACCUCAUUCCACUCGUUGAGUUCGCCAGGUCACUUGUUCACCAACACAACUUCACUGUCACCUUUGUUAUCCCCACCAAUGAUUCUCCUUCUAAAGCUCAAAAAUCAGUUCUUGACUCUCUUCCCACCUCCAUUACUCAUAUCUUUCUUCAUCCUGCUGACUUGUCUGACCUUCCUCUGGAUUCAAAGAUUGAAACUGUCAUUUCUUUAACCCUGGCUCGCUCCCUUUCUUUCCUUCGGGAUGCUUUCAAGUCUAUGGUUGAUAAAACUAACCUUGUUGCUUUGGUGUUUGAUCUUUUCGGGACUGACGCAUUCGAUGUUGCGAGAGAAUUCAACGUCUCCCCCUAUAUAUUUUUCCCUGCCACGGCCAUGACUUUGUCUCUGAUGCUUUACUUACCAAAGCUCGACCAAAUGGUUCCAUGCGAAUACAGGGACCGACCGGAACUGGUGAGGAUUCCAGGGUGCAUACCCAUUCACGGUAAAGAAUUGUUGGACCCGACUCAAGACAGGAGAAACGAUGCUUACAAGUGGCUUCUUCAUCAUACAAAGCGGUAUAGAUUGGCUGAAGGAAUUAUGGUCAACAGUUUCGUGGACUUGGAAGCAGGUGCAAUAAAGGCUUUAGAGGAGAAAGAACCGGGUAAGCCUCCAGUUUAUCCGGUUGGGCCACUCGUUAACAUUGGCCCUAGUAAAUUGGAUGAUGGUUCGGAUUGUCUGAAGUGGCUAGAUGAUCAGCCACAUGGGUCGGUUUUGUAUGUCUCAUUUGGGAGCGGGGGGACCCUUUCUUAUAACCAGAUACAUGAGUUGGCUUUGGGGUUGGAAAUGAGUGAGCAACGAUUUCUAUGGGUGGUGAGAAGUCCAAAUGAUGCGGCUGCAAACGCCACAUAUUUAAGCGUAGAGAGUGAGAAGGACCCUUUUGAUUUUCUACCCAAGGGAUUUCUCGAGAGAACCAAAGGACGGGGACUAGUGGUGGCAUCGUGGGCACCACAGGCUCAAGUGCUGAGCCACGGCUCUACAGGUGGGUUUUUGACCCAUUGCGGAUGGAACUCGACUCUUGAAAGUGUUGUGAACGGGGUGCCGCUAAUCGCAUGGCCACUCUACGCGGAACAAAAGAUGAAUGCCCUGAUGCUAAUUGAGGAUAUUAAAGUUGCAUUGAGACCAAAACCCAAUGAAAACGGUUUAGUUGGCAAAGACGAGAUCGCAAAGGCUGUUAAGGUUCUAAUGGAAGGUGAAGAGGGUAAAGGUGUUCGAAACAGAAUGAAACACCUCAAGGAAGCAGCUUCGAAGGUACUGGGUGAAAAUGGGUGUUCCACCAAGGCACUCUCUCAGGUGGCUAGUAAGUGGAGGAAUCAGACUGCCAUCUAGAAUCCGAAGCCGCACCCAUUUCCAUUUACCAUAAAGUUAUUGUCAAUUUAACGAAAAAAAUAAAAGUACAAAAUAUUUGUUGGGAUGGAA